UAUUUACAUCAGGGGUCAAAGUUGACGUUGGCCAUGUGUGUAUGUUGCCGCAUCUACCACAGCACUGUUAGAUACAGCUACAGUUUGUACUUCAUUUAUAAAUAUUCGUGAAUAUACUUAUUAAAAUUUGGGUUAAAAGGCUGAGUUACGUUUUUAGGGGAUUGUUUAUUUCGUCAACGGUUUCCUUAAAGUUAGGUUUGUCAGAAUAUUCGGUUCUGCUCCGCGUUAGCUUCCGUAGUUGAGCUGAAAUGCCAGUUUGCAUCUUUUAGCGGCAGGAUUUUCUAAUGAUGGCUUAACGUGACAUGUUUAAAAUCCGACCACUGUUGAGUGUCUUAGUUAACCACAGACUGACGUCAGAGAGAAACGACUUAUCAACUUCACAGGUGGCCUUUAUAAGUUCUUUUGCAUGAUGAGUGAAGGAUCCAGAGAUGAGCAGACAGCCAAGCUGCUGAAAAGAGCCAAUGAGGAAAAUGAAGACUCUGCUGAGAGGGUGCAGGUUACAAAAAGGAUAAAAGCAGAGGGGGAACCCACUGAAGAUGAAAAGAAAUAUCCCAAAAAGAAAGUGGUCCUCCUUUUGGCAUACUCAGGAAAGGGAUACUAUGGCAUGCAGAGAAAUCCUGGAACCUCUCAGUUUAGGACCAUUGAAGAUGAUCUGGUCACUGCGCUUAUUAAAUCUGGUUGCAUUCCUGAAAACCAUGGCGAUGACAUGAAGAAGAUGUCUUUCCAAAGAUGUGCCAGAACAGAUAAGGGUGUGUCUGCAGCUGGUCAAGUGGUGUCUCUAAAGCUGCGGUUGAUUGAAGACAUCAUUGACAAAAUCAACGAGCAUCUGCCACCACAGAUCAGAGUGCUCGGUCUUAAACGGGUGACCCAGGGUUUCAAUUCCAAAAACAACUGUGAUGCCCGUACAUACUCCUAUAUGCUUCCAACAGCGGCCUUAUCCCCAAAAGACUAUGAUACUGGGAAUAUAGCAGCCUUUCGCCUCUCUCCAGAGACACUUCAGAGGGUGAACUGUCUGUUUUCUCUCUACAAAGGCACCCAUAAUUUCCACAACUUCACCUCUCAGAAGGCUGCAAGUGACCCCAGUGCCCGCCGCUACAUCACAGAGAUGUCUUGUGGAGAGCCUUUUAUCUGCAGCAAUACUGAAUUUGCAGUGAUCACUGUGCGAGGCCAGAGCUUUAUGCUGCACCAAAUCCGCAAGAUGAUCGGACUGGUGAUUGCGGUGGUAAAGGGCUACGCGAAGGAAGAAGUGAUGCAACGGAGCUGGGGACAGGAGAAGGUGGACGUGCCCAAAGCUCCAGGACUGGGGCUGGUCCUCGAAAGGGUUCACUUUGACCGGUACAACAAACGAUUCGGAGGGGACGGGCUGCAUGAGCGUCUGGAAUGGGACCGCGAGGAGGAGGCAAUCAAGGCCUUCAAGGAGGCUCACAUCUACCCCACCAUUGUUGAGACAGAGUGUCAGGAGGGCUCCAUGGUCAGCUGGAUGUCCACACUUCCUAUCCAUGACUUUGAAGCCACAGCUACUGACACACAAGACAAUGAGGACCAAAAACAGGACAAUGCAGAUGUAGGAAACAACUCUGAUUAGUUCACCCUGCCUGCUGAAAGAAGAGACAUUUUCUCACCAAAACAUUCUCUCUCUUUUGUUGGGAAUUAUCUUUCUUUUUAGUAUAUCUUCCAAGAUUUACUUUUUUAAAAGUGGGAUUUAAUUCUGCUUCUCUUAUACAAAUGUUAUUAAACAAACAACAAGAUAA